GCAAAGGCUGCCGGAAGUGGUCCGUUCCAAUAAAACGAUCCCCAGCGCUACUCCUUCCGGCGCGGAGGUGAUAACCAUGGCGGCGGCUUUGGCUCGGCUCGGACUGAAGCCAGUCAAGCUGGUUCGAGUUCAGUUCUGCCCGUUUGAGAAGAACGUGGCGUCGACGAGGACCUUUCUCCAGGCGGUGAGCAGCGAGAAGGUCCGCGCCACCAACCUCAACUGCUCGGUGGUCGCCGACGUGAGGCACGACGGCUCCGAGCCUUGCGUGGACGUGUUAUUCGGAGAUGGGUAUCGGCUGAUUAUGCGCGGCGCCCACCUUACCGCUCAGGAGAUGUUAGGAGCUUUGGCCUCCCACAUCAGGACCAGGAACGCGGCGGCAGCAUCUGCACCCAGCGCAGACAAACUCGGCCCGGCUACGGCCCGGCGCUGA